AUGAAUGUGAGCAGAGACAAGACUCAGGGGGGUGACAUCUCUAUCCCAGCAGCAGCAGCAGCAAGCCAGGCUGGCAUUGUAGUGGAGCCAGUGUCCGGCUGCCUUCACGGGGAAAGCAUGGACACCCACGGGGACCAGAGACUUUCUUCCAGCAACGACCUCCCAGUCUAUUCGUGCCCUGGAAAUAGAGACAGGCCGGGCGACAAUCAGAGCAACAUCCCUGGCCAAGAGGGGGCAGUGGCAGCCCUGCCCGUGGUCCACCGAACCACCUCUUUUUCAGUGCUGGACAUUCUGGAUCCCAACAAAUUCAACAGCAAAAAGCGGCAAUGUUCUGUGUUGUACAAAUCCGCAGGGAGCGAAUUCACUGUAGGGGCAGAGGAUAAACCCCAGGAGUCAGGAACGGAACUAGCAGAUCAAAAGGCUCUGAAUGAAGAUUUUGAAAUGUGCAAAAAGUCCUCGGACUUACUCAAGGAUGGGGAGCUGUACAAAGCCGAGGAGUGCGACCUGGACUACGGCAGCAGGCCCAGCCCCAGCCCCGAGAGCGAGCUGCAGGACGAGGAGGAGCUGUGCAGCGAGGAGAGCAGCAGCAGCGUGGGCGCCGUGGGGGGGUCCGGCGAGGCAGACCCCGGCCACCACCCCGAGGACGGAGAGCCAGGCACCCAGGAGCAGCCGCCGCCGCCAGCCCAACCUCCUGUCCCCGGCGGGGGCCCGCAGGCCAAGCCCAAGAGGAAGCGCACGGGCUCGGACUCCAAGUCGGGCAAGCCCCGGCGGGCGCGGACCGCUUUCACCUACGAGCAGCUGGUGGCGCUGGAGAACAAGUUCAAGUCCACGCGGUACCUGUCGGUGUGCGAGCGCCUCAACCUGGCGCUGUCGCUCAGCCUGACCGAGACCCAGGUCAAGAUCUGGUUCCAGAACCGCCGCACCAAGUGGAAGAAGCAGAACCCGGGCGCCGACACCAGCGCCCCGACGGGCGGCGGGGCAGGAGGCGGCGGGGCCGGAGGGGGUCUAGGGGGAGGCGGCCUGGGCGGGGGGCUGAGCCCGCUCAGCCACUCGCCGCCCAUGGGCAACCCGCUCUCCAUGCAUGGCCCUGGGGGCUACCCGGGACACCCCACCGGGGGGCUGGUUUGCGCUGCCCAGUUGCCCUUCCUGCCCAGCCCCGCCGUCCUCUCGCCUUUUGUCCUGGGCUCGCAGACUUACGGGGCUCCGGCCUUCUACACCCCGCACCUAUAA